GGCACAUGUCAAAUGUUUUAUCAUGUCAAGCGCGACAUCUACUAGGUAAUAGAUCAACUGAGUGCUCUAGACAUUUUAUGGGAUAAACAUUACUUUUAAAUUACCAAAUCGUACUCCUGCAUCUCUUUAUCUUGUUGAUCUGUGGUCGUGACACAGAACAUCUGUUUUUUCUGUAUCUGUUUGUUGUUCUGUGGAUUUCUGUCAAGAAAGAUGAUUUUGGUUAUGUUCUGUUGACAACUUUUAAAAUUCAUUUACAACGAUUUUCAUUUCAUCGUUUAGGAUGUCUUUAGAACAAACUGCAUGCGAAGAUUUGAAAGCUUUCGAAAGGCGGUUGACUGAGGUGAUAGCUUGUUUACAUCCUUCUACAACAAGAUGGAGAAUUGUGCUAGUUGCUGUAUCGAUAUGCGUUGCCACGGGGGCCAGCCAAUGGAUUCUAGAUCCUGAAACAAGGAUAGUUUCUUUAUCACAGUCGCUUUCAAAUCAUCCUUUUUUAUAUUAUCGACUAUAAUAUUGAUCACUAUAUUGCUGCUAGGCGUUCACAAACGAGUGAUAGCAGCGUCUAUAAUAACAUCAAGAACUCGAGAGGUGUUAGGUGACUUCAACAUGUCAUGUGAUGAUACUGGAAAGCUGAUUCUGCGACCAAGACCGACAAACAUCACUUGACAGCAAUUCACCAGUGUUGGUUACAUUGUGUAAAUAUGGUAAUAUUAAUGUGUAUAGUGAGUCAAUAAACUGUAUUUAGGAUGACUGAAGAUAUGAG